GUUUUUUUUUUGAAUAAUCAAAAUAUAUUUAUUUAUUUAUUUAUUAUUUAUUUAUUUAUUUAUUUAUUAAUUAAUUAAUCAACUUAUUUAUUAAAAAUAACUUCAUCAUUUAUAUUUUUUUAUAAUUAAAGAUAUGGAGUCGAUUGAACCUUUAGUCAAUUAUUGUCAAAACACUGGCAGUGGCAGAAGUAGCACUAGUAGCAGCAUUAAUAAUGGUUAUGAUUCAAGUAUUGUUGGUAAUUGUAAUAAUAGUAGUUCUUCAAUUGGUAGCCACAAUAACAACAGUAAUGGAAUUCGGAGUAGAAGUAAUAGUAAUAGCAGUAAAAGUAGUAAAUUAGAGGUUGUUAGCAGUAACAAUAAUAAUAAUAAUAAUAGUAAUGGAAGCAUUGGUAGUGGUAGCAGUAGUAAUAAUAAUUCACCAUUAUCAAAAUCAACCAAUAUAUUGUCAUCACCUUUAGCAUCAUCAACAUCAUCAGCUAAAAAAUCACCAUCUAUACAGUCAUCUUCACCCUCUAAUAAUAAUAGUAGUUCUGGAACCAAAAAGAAAUCCAAUGGUUGUAAAAAUGUAGCAUUUGGUAUUCUUUCAAAAGAUAGAAUAGAUCUUCUAAUGAAAAUAUUAUCACAAAAGAAUCAAAUUACCUCUAUUGAUCAAAAGAUUACCAUUUAUUUAUCCAUCGAAGAGUUGUUGGCAUUGUUGAUAAACGAAUUAAAUAAAAAAUCAAUCCCAUUGAAUAGGCUUGGGGUUAGAUUGGUUGGUAGUUCUGCAUCAAUAAUUGUACAGGGCCCAUCUGCCAAACUAAAGUCUCUUCAAGAUUUUAAUGAUAUUGAUCUUUGUUUUUACCUUUCAAAGAGAACAAAUUUUACUCAACUUUUAGAAUUAGAAGAGACCAUUAUAGCAAGAGAAGUUUAUCGUCAAUGUGGUGUCGUUAUUUCAAAAAAAGAUGUUUUCGAAAGAUUUUUCAGAGAAAGAGUUAAAGUUUGUAAUUAUGCACCAAAUACUAAUAUUUUGUCACCAGUUUCACCAAUACCACAAGUUAAUAAUAAUAGCAACAAUGGCGAGUCAGUAUCGACCCCAAACACACCAUUAAUUACUUCGAUUAAUAAUAAUAAUAAUAAUAAUAAUAACAACAAUGGUGCAAUAUCAUCCAAUAAAACAUCGUCAACACCAUCAACACCAGUAAUUACUUCAUUAUCAACACCAAAUACACCAUUAGUAUCAUCAUCCAACAAUAGUAAUAAUAUAUCACCAUUACCAACUACUCCAUCAUUCCAGUCUCAAAGCAACUAUAUUUUAGAAGAUGAUUGGUCAUUAAUUAGUCUCGGGGGUGGUGAAGGAGAAAAUACCAGAAAUAUUGAUAUCAAAUUUAUAAGAAAAAUACAUAGAGCAUAUGCUUUCUCCUUAGAUUCUUUUCAUAUCAUUUUAGAUCCAUUAGUCCAAAAUUAUAAACAAUUUUUACCCGAAUAUUCAGAUAAUAUUGAUUUAAAUAUUCAUAUGGCACUUCAAGGAAAUCAAACACCAACAAAUCCACCAAUAAUAGUUUCUGCUCCAUCUACAGAAAAUAAUAAUGAUGAUGAAAAAGAAAAAGAGGGAGAAAAGGAAAAAGAAAAUGUAGAGCAAUCAACAGAAUCUGAAUCGAAAACAACAAAAAAUCCCCCAACAUCAACAACAAAUAGCGAAAGUGAAGGUGAAAAUGAAAAUAGUGAAAGUGAAAGUACUAGUAGUGGUGGAAAUAGUAAUAUAAGCAGUGAAGAGGAUGAUUCAGCUUUAUCAAGUGGCGCCCCAAUGUCUCCAAAACAAGAUAGUGACGAAUUUGAAGAUGAUUCGCAACCAAAGAAACCAUCACUAAAUAUCCCUACUCUUGAUUUAUCAAAAGGUAUUGAUCAAAUGAUAGGGAACCAAGUUAUUUUGGAAGAGGGUUUUUCAGAUUCUCAAAUAUCUCCAUCUCCAUCUCCAUCUCCAACACCAACUUCCAAAACAACAUCUGAAACACCUGAAAUAACACCUGAAACAACAUCCGAAACAACAUCUGAAACAACAUCUGAAACAACAUCUGAAACAACAUCCGAAACAACAUCCGAAACAACAUCCGAAACAACAUCCGAAAAAACAUCUAAAACAACUACUAUUGAACCAGAAACCAUCACAAAAGAAACAAGCACUCCUACAUUAGUAACCAACACUCAACAAGAUAGUGAUUUCCCACCUUUAGAUGGUAAAUUUAAAUUAUCGCCCCCAGCAAAAUCACAAGACGAUUUCCCACCAUUAAAUACAAAUGCCUCAAAUCCAGCUUUAAACAAUUCAAUUUGGAAUCAAAGUUUAUUACAAAAAUUAAAAACUCCACAAAAUAAAAAUCAAAAUAGUCACCAACCAAAUAAAAAUUUAAAUAGCAACAAUAACAAUAAAUCACAAGUAGCAGCAACAACCACUCCAGCACAACAACAAAAAAGAUUAAAUAUUCAAGUUGUCAGUAUUUAUGGAAAUUAUCACCAAGCAAAGGCAGAUUUAGAUAAUGGUAGAAUCAUUUGUAUUGAUCCAAAAUCAAUUAGAAGAGGUAUUUUUAGAUAUUGCCAUGAGUUGGCCAAAGGUAGAACAACCAGUGAUCAUGGUUUAUAUGAUCUAGUUUUUAGAGAAUCAUUUUUUACUCAAGAUAGAAUCAAACCGGCAGAAUUCCAAAUCACUUUAGUAAAAUAUAUAAAAAAGCAUAGAAACAUAGCUGUAUCAUUUUUAAAACAUUUAGAAGAACUAUUAUUACAACAACAAAGAUUUUUAAAUCUUAAUAAAAAGAAAACUAAAAAUACUAAAAAGAAUAAUAAUAAUAAUAACAAUAUUACAACAACAGUGGCUUCAUCACCAUCCUCCUCAGCCUCUACACCAUCAACUUCUCCAUUGGGCUCACCAGUUUUAACAACCACAUCCUCCACAUUUGAAAACAAUAUAAUACCAACAACAACUACAAAUACAAAUACAAAUGCAAAUACAACAACAACAACAAGUGUCUACACCAACUGCAACCAUUCCAACAAUACCAAUAUCUUAUGAAGUUUAUUGCAAUGAAUAUUUAAAUAUUAUUUGUAAUUUAAGAAAUAAUCUUUUAAUGAAUCAAUUUGAUAAAAUAUUUUAGUAUAGUCAGCUAAUAGUAAAUAUAAAAAAAUAAAAUAUAAAAAUUAAAAUAUUUAUAUAUAAUAAAUAAUAAUAUAAACAAAAAAGAAAAUAUAUGUAAAAUUU